AGCAAGCGCGAUCUGGUCGAUCAACAUCACAUCUCUGUCUACUUCCUAUCACGCCUCCCUUGCUGCGCCACCACUACACGCACACACACAUGACACAAUCGCGCUGGGACCCCUGCACGUCGCCGCCGGAGGGGACGUACCGCUUCGAGCUGGUCCCCGGGUUCUUUGUGCCGACAGAGUGGGAGCGGGAUAUCACGAACCGCUUCGGCCUCGCACACCGCUUCGAUACCUGGGCGGCGUUCGCAGCAGCCGUGGACGAACUGAAACACGCCGCCGAGGCCGCCGGCGACGUCGUCAAGGUGCUCUAUACCGCGCGGCACGGGGAAGCGGAGCACAACGUCCUGGCGGAGAAGUACAACGAGCCGGAUGAUGACGGCGUACGUUCUCCCCUCUGUCUGGCCCGCUCACACCCCCAGGUCCAGCUCAAAUACCCCAUCACCGACCCCAACCUGACCCCCGUCGGCGUCGCGCAGGCGCGCCGCCUCGGCGCGAUUUUCGAGGCGGAGGCGGCGCGCGGCAUGCCCCUCCCCUCGCGGUUCUUCGUGUCGCCGCUCCGACGGCCGGGGGAGACGUGCGGCCUCGAGUGGGGGUGGCGGUUCCGCAAGGCGCCAGUGGAGGGGGAUAUGGGGCAUGGUGUGCCCGGGGAAGUCGUCGAGCAACUCCGCGAACACCUCCACGUCCACGAAUGCGACAAGCGCCUACCGCGGCACGAGCUCGCGCGCCUCUUCCCCUCGUUCACGUACCCGCCCGACAUGCCAGACGAGGAUAGCGUGUGGCAGAGCGGCGCGCAGCGGGGCAGGGAGACGGAGGACGAGAUGGUGCUGCGCGCGGGCGAGGGCCUGGCGAUCGUGUUUGACGCGUGCGGCGGGGACGACACUUACGUCAGCAUCACGGCCCACUCGGGCGUCCUCCGCGCCGUGUACAAGAACCUCCGGGUGCCCCUCCGCCGCUUGGUCACGGGCGAGAUGAACGUGCUCGUCAUUCGCGCGCGGCGGUUGUAGCGCGUGCGUGCACCACUAUUUAUGUAUUCUUGGGCGAUAUGUAAUGUUAAUAUGGAAGAGGUGGGAGUGUGA